AUGGCAACCCGCGGCGUCGUUACUCUUUCCAGUCGUAGCUGUAAGGAAAACAUUAUGGGUUUGGGAAGAAUGAAUGGCCUGUGCGCUCACAAGCCCGGCCAAAGGGAAGUUCUCGGUGUUUUGAGCGCGAAUGACCAACACAGUCGAGUAUUUGGCCAGGUUGCAUCCAAAUAUCAACCAGCUUUCCACGAUCCUUCUGUCCAUGACUUCACCACUUGCCAGUCCAGUGCUGGUGUCCAUGUGUCUGAAACAGUCCUGGUCCAGUCAACUAAAUCAGAUGGCUCAUUCUUGCUGUCCUCCGAGCUGCUUCUGCUUGAUGAUGCUGUCAAUGAUAUUGGCUCAGGGUUGUGCAUGGAUGCAUCUGUGCAGUCCUUGCCAGAGGAAGAAGCCGCUGCUUCAGAGAACACCUUGUGUGUUCCAGGAUAUACAGAGGACAUCCAUCGACACCUGCGUAAAUGCGAAGUUAAAUACAGGGCCAAACCAAGCUACAUGAGAAAGCAGCCUGACAUAACCAACUGCAUGAGGAUUAUCCUUAUUGACUGGCUGGUUGAGGUUGCAGAGGAAUACAAGCUGUGUUCGGAGACUAUCUUCCUGGCUGUGAAUUACCUGGACCGCUUCCUUUCAUGCAUGUCUGUCCUGAGAGGAAAACUGCAGCUUGUGGGAACUGCUGCCAUACUUCUGGCAGCGAAAUAUGAGGAGGUGUAUCCUCUGGAAGUGGAUGCGUUUGUGUACAUCACAGAUUGUUACACCUACACAAAGAAACAGCUGCUUCGAAUGGAGCAACACUUGCUCCGAGUGCUUACCUUUGACAUGACUGCACCCACCGCUCACCAGUUUUUGAUUCAGUACAAUUUGGAGGCGCAUCUCUGUGCCAGGACUGUGAAUCUUGCUUUGUAUCUUUCAGAGUUGAGCCUGCUUGAAAUGGAUCCUUUUGUGCAGUAUCUGCCUUCCACAAUUGCUGCUGCUGCAUAUUGUCUGGCCAACUACACCCUAAAUGGGGCUCUGUGGCCUGACAACUUGUAUGCCUUCACUGGUUACACUCUGGCAGUCAUUUGCCCUUGUUUGAAGGAGCUUCAUAAGCUCCAUUUAUGCGCUGGACAUCGACCCCAGCAGGCUAUCCAGGAGAAGUACAAGAGGGCCAAAUAUUGUGGUGCAUCUCUACUCAAGCCAGUGGAGGCUCUACCAGUCCCCUAA